CGAUUAGUAUGCCUGCCUACGCAGAGCUACCCAUAAACCAGUUAGCUAGCAUCAUUUCUCCGAUAGCCACUACAAUACAAUCUCUCAAUGUACCGCUAAUUCAGACGGGUUUGAUUGAGAUACUCCUAAAUGACAUGAAUGUAAUCUGCUCGGCGCUUCGGAUCGGUGGGUUGUCAAUCCAGGUCGCUUAAUAACGAUCCAUCUCGGCUAAGAGGCUAAGAAGCUAACAGCGUCUUCGAUGACAUUUCACUGACAAACACAACAGAACAGUCUGCAUGGCCGACGUGCUGCUGAGUUAGUGUCCGGCCCGUGUGCAAGGAAGGCCGGCCGGGCCGUGGAGCACUAGAGGGGAAAAAUGGCAGUGCAGAACAGAAACUCUGUGCUGAUCCUGUCGGGUCGAGAGCGAGGAGCUCGCAUGCUGGGCUCCCAGCAGCUCCUGCAGCAGCUGGUGGAAGACCGGACGCGCUGGAUGAAAUGGCAGAGCCAGAAAGUAGAGUUGCCGGAUAAUCCACGAUCGACCUUCCUGCUGGCCUUCAGUCCAGAUAGGAAUCUUGUGGCCUCAACCCACGUCAACCAUAACAUCUACAUCACCGAUGUGAAAACAGGAAAGUGCCUGCACUCUUUAGUGGGCCAUCGACGCACACCUUGGUGUGUGACCUUUCACCCCACCAUCCCUGGCCUGGUUGCCUCUGGGUGCCUUGAUGGAGAAGUCCGCAUUUGGGACCUGCAUGGUGGUAGCGAAAGCUGGUUCACCGAGAGUAAUGUUGCCAUCGCUUCUCUAGCGUUCCACCCCACAGCUCAGCUCCUGCUCAUCGCCACCAACAACGAACUUCACUUCUGGGACUGGAGCCGACCAGAACCUUUUGCUGUGGUCAAGACCGCCAGCGAGACCGAACGUGUCCGGUUGGUGCGAUUUGACCCUCUGGGUCAUAAUCUUUUAACAGCUAUUGUGAACCCAUCCAACCAGCAGAAUGACGAUGACUCUGAUGUCCCCAUGGACAGCAUGGAGAUGGCUUUGUUCCGCCAACGUUCUCUUUUACGCUCCCCACCUGUACGUCGGACACCAAUCCUGCACAAUUUCCUGCACAUCUUGUCCUCUCGCUCUUCUGGAGCACAGGUUGGUGAUCAGUCCCGCCCCGCCCCAGAGCCCAGAGAGCCUCCCAGCAUACCUCGGUUCCAGUACCCGGUGCAGACAGAACCGGGUGACCGCCCUGCCUUACAGGGCUGCACGCAGCAUUUGGGUCUGGGCUGUCUGUGCAGUCGCUGCGCUGCCUCGCGGAACUUAUUCACGCAGAAUCCGACAGGCCUCCAGCCUUCGGAUCCACCUCAACCGCAAACUCAGUUGGGCCCCUCUGCCUUCUCGCCCGCCCCUAGCCAGACCUGCACCUCCACGGACCGACCGUCUGCUUUUAGCAGCGUGUUCAGCGGGGCUGCAGGGAACUCUGCGCAUCGGGGACUCUUGCCUCUUAGGACUAUUGAUCCCUUGGGGUCACAAACACCUGGUCCUCUUGAGGCCCCUGGGCGUCUCCCUGGGGCUGAUUGGUCUGGUAGUCUGCUGAGCACGGGACAUGAACAUGGGUUAGGUGCGAUUGGGGUGGAAAGCAGCGCCGGAAGGGGCAUUGUGCCCCCUCCUAGGACAAGCUCCUCUUCUAUGGAUCUCCUCUCUCUGCACAGGUUCCCCGAUGGUUCCUCUUCAUCACCCAUAUACACGUCUGCUACAGAAGGGCGAGGCCUAGUGCUGCCCGGCACGGAACCCAACCGUGGACGAGCCAACGACGGCACUAGUAGUGGCCAUCACCCCUUCUAUGACAACACCCAGCGCAACAACCCGGCCUCCAUACGCAACGUCCUGCAGUGCAACCUGAGCCGUUACUUUAUGGAAUACGAGCGAAUGCAGGAGUUGGAGCGACCCGGUGGCAGCCGAGAGGUGCCGGGUGGACCGGGACCCAUGCAGGAGCUCCUCAACAGUGGUAUGGACACAGAACGUCCUGGGCCUUCGCACAACGGCUCUUCCCGCACUGGAAACGGAGGCACGGUCGCUGGCCCCUCUCAAAACCACCCUAAUCGUUGCCGUUCGUGCCACAACCUCCUCACCUUCAACCACGACACUCAGCGCUGGGAACGUUCUGGUCAGACCUCUUCUUCCUCUUCCUCACAAGACGGACCAUCAUGGCCGCUUUCAGUGCCUCCGUUUGAGGACCCAGGUCAGGGUGCACGAGUGGAGGCCCAGGCCCCUGAGAUGAGGCCCAUGGAGUUGGGUGAGGCCUCCUCUGGUCUACAGGGCCAGCAGCCUAUGAGUCUGGUGUACAAUCAGGAGACGGGGCAGUGGGAAAGUGUGUACCGGCAACCAACAGCAAGCGCUGCUUCUGAGGCAACACAAGACGCCUUAAACCCAGAGGUGCCUGUUGAUAAUCCGGACGAGGACUCACUCAGGAGGAGGUUGUUGGAAUCGUCGCUGUUUCCAUUCUCUCGAUAUGAUAUGUCUGGCUCCAGAGAUCAUCCCAUAUACCCAGAUCCUGCCAGGCUGUCUCCAGCUGCUUACUAUGCUCAGAGAAUGAUCCAGUAUCUGUCUCGAAGAGAAAGCAUACGCCAGCGUUCCCUACAGAAUCGCCUACGGACGCUCUCAAACUCUCAAGCCGACAGCCAGUCAAACAAUCCCUCCUCCAUGCCACCAGAGGCCAGUGAUGGAGACUAUGAGGACAUCGAGGAGCCUGGAGACAGGACAAGACACAGAAUGCCCCGCAACGCUCGAAUGUCAGCCCCCUCUCUUGGGCGCUUUGUCCCACGGAGGUUCCUGUUACCAGAGUACUUGCCUUACGCUGGACUCUUCCAUGAAAGGGGUCAGUCAGGCCUAGCCACUCACUCUUCCAUUAACCGAGUAUUAGCAGGCGCAUCUAUAGGUGAUGGGCAGUCAGCUGUGGCCAGUAACAUUGCCAAUACCACCUAUAGGCUGCAGUGGUGGGAUUUCACCAAGUUUGACCUUCCAGAGAUCAGUAAUGCCACUGUGAAUGUGCUCGUUCCUCACUGUAAGAUCUACAACGAUGCCAGCUGUGAUAUUUCAGCAGACGGGCAGCUGCUGGCCGUGUUCAUUCCCAGCAGCCAGCGUGGUUUUGCGGAUGAGGGCAUCCUAGCCGUGUACUCCCUCGCACCCCAUAACCUGGGAGAAAUGCUGUACACCAAGAGAUUUGGUCCAAACGCGAUCUCGGUGAGUCUUUCACCCUUGGGCUGCUAUGUGAUGGUGGGACUGGCCUCCAGACGGAUCCUGCUCCAUCCCACCACCGACCACAUGGUGGCACAAGUGUUUCGUCUACAGCAGCCACACGGAGGAGAGACCUCCAUUAGAAUGAUGUUUAAUGUGGUGUACCCCAUGGCUCCAGACCAGAGGAGACACGUCAGUAUUAACUCGGCCCGGUGGCUUCCAGAGCCAGGCAUGGGAUUGGCCUACGGAACCAAUAAAGGUGACCUGGUCAUCUGCAGGCCAGUUGAUUUCCGCAGUGAUGGAGACAGUCCGCCGGAUCUGAACUCGGAUUCUUUGUUUACUGUCAGCAGCAGCAGCCGAACCCGCGGAGUGGAGCGCCCAGGCACCAGCAGGUCCGGCUGGCGAUUUGACCGAGACAUGGGCCUUAUGAACGCUAUUGGCCUGCAGCCGCGUCAGGCCGCCCCUUCUGUGACCUCACAGGGGACGCAGACACCAGUAGUGCGACUGCAGAAUGCCGAGACGCAGACGGAGAGAGAACAUCCUUCAGCCAGCCCCUUCCAGAACACGCACACAUCCAGACACACGGUUCAGACAGCCAGCACCAGCACUGAGAGACACACACACUCAGAGACGACACACACACUGUCGCACACACCGGUUCAGGCAUCGGUUUCAGAGGGAUCGCUGAACCGGACCAACUUGCCUGCCACAUAUCACGACUCAGCAGCCGAGCCCAGCUCGGGAGAGGACGCGCUGUCUCGGAUUCGCCGCCUAAUCGCAGAAGGAGGAAUGACAGCCGUGGUCCAGCGGGAACGCAGCACUACUAUGGCCUCUAUGGGUGGCUUUGGAAACAACAUCGUGGUCAGUCAUCGGAUUCACCGUGGCUCUCAGACCUCGGUCAGGACAACUCGGGUGGGAAAUCCAACCUCGGAGAUGCCUGCUGGACUCGGUAUUUCCACUAUUUUUCACACUGAACCCUUAGUAGACUCAAUAGAAGCUCCUGGGCCUUCAGGGUCGAGCAGUGUCCCACUUCCAUCACCGUAUACAACUCGUUCUGAGGUUGCGAGGGCAUCUCCUAUUGUUGAGAUGGACUUGUUUGGCGAUCGUCAAGUUGAUGAUGUGCAGCACCACCCAUCCACGAGCGGUUUGAAUAUGUCCAACCAUAGCAACAACAAUAACAAUGACCAUAGCAACAGCUACAGUGAAAGCCGGAGCCGAGAUUACCCUGAUGACCUGUACGGCAGAUAGUCCUAAGUCUGGUUUUCACAGAGACGAACAUCUCAAAACUGGUCUGCAUAGUGCUGGAGCAUUUCAUGGUGGAUGCUUUGUUACACAUAGAACAUAGCAUUUAGGGCGGAGCCACUGAACUUCUCGCCUCAGUUCUGACUCCUCCCACUCUGGCCUUAUUUAGGAUUGAAAGAGUGCCAAGUUUUUCAUGGCAUCUCCCUAACCGGGAGACGUCAGCCUCACCUUUUCUGUCAAAAAAACAGAUUCUCGCUUUGGGGAAGCAUCAUUAUUGCACUUGCGCUUUGCACUUAGGUUAUAAUUUUUCUUCCUUUCAAGGUUGAGUCUCAGACAUUUUAUCAUUCCAUGCGAGAAAGGGCAACAUACUUGAAUCCUUCCCCUACUGCAGUACGGAAUUACAUGGUUGUAGUUAACCACUCUUUCAAGCUCCAGGAAAAAUGAUCAGCCAAUCGAAGUGCCAGACGUGGCUGCGAUUCCUAUGUCUGCAUGACAUUAUGGUUUGAGGAACUGUAAAACCGUACAGACUCUUCACAGCGAAACACUAACUCUCACAGCAUCCUCUAACGGUUUUUGCGUUCAAAUUCAGAGAUUAUGCUUGACGUGAUUGUUUUUUGUGUGCGAUAAAGGGACUUUCAGUGGUCAAGUCAUUCGGUAGAUUGAUCAGUAUAUAGAACAACGUCUGCCUUGAAGUUCUCAGACUGGAAUAUCCCACUAAACUUCCAGAUGGCGAAUUUUAUGAUGGUUUUUAAUUUGAAUUUAUUUAUCUGUCGUUUGAAAAAUACACUUCUGAAAGCAUGUCGUCUGUAAUUGUCUGUCAGAUAAAAAAAAAAAGCAGUUCAGGAACCCUCAAGCUGGUUCAGAUCUCUCAUAUCUGCAUGUGUGUCCAAUUCCAGAGCUUUUAUAUGAGGAGGCGGGCUGAAUGCAGAAGGCGGGGCUUAAGCAAAUGAGCAUGUAGGCUGUAGAACGCACAUGCGCAUCAAGUGACAUUUUGGUACGCUGAGCGGGUUUUAUUGGGCUUUUAUACAUUUGUGACCUUUAACUUGAGUGUAUGAGUCAAUUCGUGUUUAUUGUUGCAAUUUAACACGAUGCAUUUACUAAUCCUACUGAUGCGAUUUCCCAGAAAUACCUUAAUACUCAGAAAUGACAUAAGACCAUUAAAAUGAUUGUGCCAGAUCAUUUUCAUGCAUCAAAUGCAACACUUUUUGAGCAAUUUAGCCAAUUCGCCAUUAAUUCACCUCAAAUCAUCUGAUUGGCCAACUGUUCCAUUCUACCAAUCACAACAAGCCUCUAUGAUGCGCAAGCGACAAAUGGCAAGUGAUUGCACUUUAAGCACCCUUUUGUCCUUCCGAACUGCCCCGAGAACAGCGUUACAGACAAUAAACCAGACAUAUCUCUAUCAUAAAUCUGGAUUAUGACUGAUAAUCACACUUGAAUAUCCCAUAAUAGAGUAUUUCUUGGGCACUGGACACUUAGGAGAGAGAGAUGCCCAUAUAUGCGCGCACACUGCUGAGUCACUGACGACGGGCACUGUCUGAAUGUGUGGAUGUGUAUGUCUGUGAGUGUCUGCCACUAAACCUAGAGUGUUUUAUUAUAAAUGUAGCAUUGUAAAUGUAGAGAUGAUAAAUCGUGGGGAAAAAAACUUAAAUCCAUAUUUCAGGGUGGGGUUUGGUUUUUUUUUAUGACAUACUUGCCUUGUGUGCUCUAUUGUGCUUGAUUAGAUUCUCGUGUACGAUUGGUCAACUCUAGUGAUUUGAGUUGUCAGUGCAUUUGCAUAUGCACAGGCCUUUCGUUAACAAGCAUUUAUAUAGUUAUCUCCCUCGGCUUUUAUUUGUGUAAAAGAUUUUGUUAUUCUAGCUGCUUGGCUUGAAUUAGUAGCUUUUUGUAAAAAGAGACAAAAAAAAAAAACCGUCCCCAAUAGGAAUGGUUUGUGUUUUGAACGUUUUUGGAUGUAAGAUUCUGAUGGAUUGUGGUCUCAUCGCAAAUAAUGGCAGCUGAGGAACCUCUCAGAAACCACAUACCCUUUGACGUUUUUCCAUGAGUUCAGUGCCUUGGGGAAUCUUCUCCUUACUGAACCACAAAAGCCGUUCUGAGGUGCGACAAAACCAGAAUAGCUUCUUCAUAAGCCUUUUGACCGUUGAGUGUUUUAGUUAUUGGUAGAAAUAUUGGUAAAUCUGAAGUCUGGUUGUGUUGGCUGUCAUUUCGAUUAUUUAUUUUACCCUUUGUGUGAAUGACAAAUGCAAUCCUGAUUUUUUUUAAAAAGCUUCUAUGAUAAGAGCGAAGGACCUUUUUACGUUAUUCUCCAUCAAUGACGCAUCUUUUCCUGAUUUUACUCAUUUCUGGCCAUAUGCACACCUUAUUUUUAUGAAGUAAUUUCAUGCAGGGUUUGUUUUAGAUUUGUAGGCCUCCUGACAAUUCAUUUGUUCAGACGAGAAUAGCUGAUGGUGACAGAAAGUGUGACAUUUUAAAGCUGUAAUUGUGUUCUUGUUGGAUGUGUGGUUAUGUAUAUGCUCUCACUGCUGGAUCGGUACCGUAGCGGUAAGUCAUGAUGGUGGAAAAGACCAGAAUUCAAAUUUCUCUCCUGACCAAACAAGAGGGAUGUGUUGUUAUGAUUUACCAUAAAUGUGUAGUUGGUUCUUUAUUUAGUGAAAAUGAGGAUUAGGUGUUGUAAAAGAAUUUCGUGGGACACCAAAGAUCCUGUGGUAAUGACGAUUAUGAGAGUUUUAAUAAAAUGGGAAUAUGGAAAUUAA